AUGUCUACUACGGAUAACUGGAUUAAAUUAUAUCGAUGGUGGCAAGAACAUUUAAAAACUCGUUUUAGUUCACCAACAGUCAUUGAUGAUCAUCAAUAUUUAUUACAACGUCGUCCCUCAUUGAAAAAUUCACAACUAAUAAAAAUUAAAAAACGUUCAUCCUAUGGUGAAAUUGAUCAACGUCAGCUUGGAAAUAACGAUUUUCGACAUGUACGUGAUAGCAUCCGAGGAAAGAAUCCUCUAACAACACGAAUUACACCAAUAAUUAUAACUAAUAAAAGGUCAGUUCAUCGGAAAUAA